GGGAUUGCCUCAACAACACUGCCUGCGAUAUUUGUUCCGGUGUUCAUCAUCCUGAUCGGCAUCAUUAUUGCUCUAAUUGUGUACAUACUUAGAACAAGAUCUAAGGGUCGUAAAGGAGCAAUGAAACAGGUCUCGGGCCAUGAGGGCGAAAAUGAAAGGCUUACCUCUGUGGAAAGUAGCAGCACAGCUGAAAAUGAUACUCGUCCUCAGACUCCGGACACUGACCUCAUUGUGGCCUGCAAAAAGGGGAAUCUACAGGCAGUCCAUAAUAUCCUGAAUCAGAGCAAGAUUGACAUCAACAGGAAAGGACAAAAUGGUCUCACACCAUUGAUGUGGGCAGCAAGGAAGGGGCACAUAGGCGUCGUUGACUUGCUUGUCGGAAAUGGAGCUGAAGUGAAUCUCGAGGACGAUGCCGGUAACGACAUCCUUCUCUGGGCCUGUUAUGGAGGACAUGUUGCAAUGGUGAAACAUGUCGUCUCAAAGAAGAUGGUGAACAUCAACAGAAAAGGGCUGGAUGGGAGAACUCCACUCAUGUGGUCAGCUCGGCAGGGGAAACUAGCCAUGUUUAAUUUACUUGUAAGUGCUGCAGGGACACUUCCAGCAGAAGUGGACAGAGAUGGAAACAGCAUUCUUCAUCUCGCCUGUAGGGGUGGGAGUGUGAAGAUUGUGGACUACAUCCUCUCGCAAGGUGUUUACAUCGAUGAAAGAGGAGAAUCGCAGAGGACACCAUUGAUGGUGUCAGCAUACAACGGACACAAAGAGCUACUUGACUGGCUUGAGAGUAAAGGCGCUGAUGUGGCACUAACUGAUGAUGAUGACAACAACGUUCUCCAUGUGGCCUGUCUGGGUGGGCAUGUGGAUAUUGUUAGACGUGUCCUCAAGCUGGGCAAGGUGGACAUAAACAGUCUCGGUCAAUGUAGUAGGACACCUCUGAUGAUGGCAGCCAGGAUGGGGGAUAAGGAAAUAUUUGACUUACUUGUGGAAACAGGAGCUGAUGCAACACCAAUGGAUGCUGAUAGAAACACCAUCCUACAUCUUGCCUCUACGGGAGGGAAUCUUGAUAUAGUAAAGUAUGCCCUCGGGAUGGAGAAUGUGGACAUCAAUGCCAGGAACAAGCGUAAUGAAACAGCGACCAUGCGUGCGACAAGUGGAAAUGAAGUGUGCAACGUGCUUGUGUCACGUGGUGGCUUCAUACAGUAACUGAAA